UGAAAGUCAGAGUAGCAGCUGCAGUUUAGCUCAUGGUACUGGUGUUUGCACACAAGAGAUCAAGAAUGUAAAAGGAAAACUGAAGCUGUUUUGGAAAUAGAAGAAGAAGAGGGAUAUGAUGGCAGUGGUGGUUCUGAUUGUGAAGGUGAAGAUGACAGUGAUGUAAACCCUUUUUAUAUGGGUGAUGCUGAUGACAUAGAGAUGGAUGAGGGAAAGAAACAGAGAGAGUAUGAUGAAGUAGAAGAGGAAGAAACAGAUGAUGAAGAAUCUGAGGAGGAAGAAAUGGUGCAUUACUCUGGUGACACAGAGGUUGAGGAACCUUUUGAAAUGGAUGAAGAUGACAAGGUUGUUUCACAGGAUGAAGAAACUGUAAUUGUACAUGAAGAGAAGAAGAAGAAGAAACAGAAGCUUCCAGUUAGGAAAGGGCCUACAACAAGGACACAUUCAAGUGUAGUUCAAGAGGAGGAACCUGAUUUCCAACCUUCAUCUGAUGAAGAACAGAAAGGAUUGUUGAAGGAGGCUGAUGAUGAUGGUUAUGAGCCAUUGGCAUUUGUGCUGCCAAAGAAAAGGAAGAGCAGGGCAAAGCAGAGGCCUCCUAGAAAAUGGUACAAUGAGAAAAUGGAGGCACCACAUGAGCAAUUAUGUCUACAGAUGUGUUUCAAGGAUCAACAUCAAUUCAGAGAGGCUUUGUUGAACUUACACAUCACUCAAGGCAGAAACUUCAAAUAUCAUAGGAACUCAGAUCAAAGAAUAAUUGUAGAAUGCAACCAAAAACAUUGCAACUUCUUUAUGGUGGCAGCAGUUAUAAAAGGUGAAACUACUUUUGUAAUUAAGAAGAUGAGAAUUAAGCACACUUGCCCUAUUAGUACAGAGACAACAAGGGUAAGUGCCAAGUGGCUUGCACAGAAGUAUGAGUCACUAUUCAGAUCUGAUCUAACAACUGGCAUUCAGACUUUGAUUGAUGCCUGCAUGGAGAAGUAUGGUGUGGAUGUGCCCAAGUCAAUGGCAUAUAGGGCAAAGAACCUAGCUAUUGAUGCUGUGCUAGGAGACCACAAGAAGCAAUACCCUAGGUUGAAAGACUAUGCUCAGACAGUGAUGGAUACAAACCCUGGGAGUAGAGUAGUAGUCACUACUGUAACUCCAACACCCACUGAAAAAAUCCCCCAUCCAGGUCCAAGAUUCCAUGCUAUGUUCUAUUGCAUCAAUGGAGCAAGGGAGGGGUUUCUCAAGGGGUGCAGACCAUUCAUUGGUUAGUUUGUUCACCUUGUGCAUUAGUUACAUAUUGUUUCAUCUUGAAAUGCAUUUGAAUGUUUUUAAUACUGAAUUUGCUUGCUCAGGUGUUGAUGGGUGCUUCAUUAAGUUAACUACUGGUGCUCAACUACUUGCUGCCACUGGUAGAGAUGGCAACAACAAUAUAUACCCACUAGCAUUUGGUAUUGUUGGGCAAGAGGACACACCUAACUGGUGUUGGUUUCUACACCAACUUAAAAUCUGCCUAGGAGGAGAAGUGGGAAGGUUUGGUCCAUAUACAAUAAUGUCAGAUAGACAAAAGGUAUGUGCUUGCAUCUUAUGUCAUUGUUCCUAUAUGGUUGUUUUGUGCUAGAUAGUAGCUUAGCUAGUUUAAUUGUGUGUCCCAGGGCCUACUAAAUGCAGUGAAUGCUGUCUUUCCUAAGUGCAACCAAAGGUUCUGCCUUAGGCAUAUCUAUGCAAACUUCCAAAAUGCUGGGUU